CGCGUCUUCUGAUUGGCUGUCCGGACUCCCACGAGGGGUUUCAUGCAGAAGACUCGCAAAAGGGUUUAUUGUUUCUUUGCUUUCGGGAGCCGAAAUUGUUUGCUACCCCUUCAGUUCUGCAACCAAAUAACUACACGAAAAACAAUGGCUGGUGGCAAGGCAGGAAAGGACAGUGGGAAAGCCAAGGCAAAGGCAGUUUCACGCUCCCAGAGGGCUGGGCUGCAGUUCCCAGUGGGUCGUAUCCACAGACACUUGAAGACUCGUACCACCAGCCACGGCCGAGUUGGAGCCACAGCAGCUGUGUACAGUGCUGCCAUCCUUGAGUAUCUCACUGCGGAAGUACUAGAGUUGGCGGGAAAUGCCUCCAAAGACUUGAAGGUGAAGCGUAUCACUCCCCGUCACUUGCAGCUGGCCAUCCGUGGUGACGAGGAGUUGGACUCUCUUAUCAAGGCUACAAUCGCUGGUGGAGGUGUUAUUCCCCACAUCCACAAAUCCCUCAUCGGGAAGAAGGGCCAGCAGAAGACUGCAUAGACGCCACGUUGACCAGAAAUUUCCGGACUUGGGCUUUGUUUGGACCAGGAGGUCGCAUUUGUUCUUUUUUAUUAUUAAUAUUAUAGCAAAAGAAGAGUGAUUGUUAGGCUUUGUUGUUAUAUUUUCCCCUUAAUUAGAGAAAAGUGCAAAAAAAAAAAAAUCCCCUAACAACAGAACCCUUUGUAUUUUAUUGUAGACCGUUUGACUGGGAAGUUCCUGAAUAUUUGAAAUGGUGAAUUUGUUGAUUGGCAUCACAAUCUGUAAUGUUUUAUACUGAAAAAUUGUUAAACCAUUUUUUAUAUAAAAGUCUUGUUUUGUGGUUAUUUUCUUGAAGAUAAAACAUUUACUAUAACAUGUUUUUAAGGAGAUGGCUAAAUGUGAGAUGGUGCUUUUUCUUUUCAUCUUACUGUACUUUUCUGAACUGCAUGAGGAUGAGUGAAAAGUGUCUUUAAUUUUUUACAUCAGUUAAUAUCAAUGAACACGUACUGUAACAGUCUGCUGCAGUGUUUUGUCAAUGUUUACAGCAUUUAAAAAGAAAUUGUUAAACUUGAAAUUACUUAUGGACAGUGCUCCUUGGCUGCUGCAAUCGGAAGACUCUGAUCUUGCCAUAUUUUUCCACGCUGCAGAACAAAUGUCCAACCGUUCGUUCAGCAAGAGCCUCCCAUGGGUGCAGAUAUUUUCUACUUUUUGAGAAGAUCUAAAUUGUCAAAGUAAAAAAAAAAAACAUUUACUUGUGUCUAAAUGAACUCUCCUGACAUGUCUAUUACACUUUUGAAGAGGAGACGUCAGUCUUUUCUAAAUAUGUGUGCAGGGAAAUGACUGCGUGUUUUAUCUUUGAAUAAAUAUCCUUGGCAUGUUGUCCUUGGCCUGGUUUGAAACAG